GAGAAAAUGUGCGCUUGGGCAAAUAAAGUGAUCAGAGAGCUUUCUGCGCGCCACUGUCCCUGUUGAUAGAGCCAGCCUCGCAAUGAACCAGCCGAGCUCCCCAUCCUCAAGAUUCGCUUUCACAAUUUUGGAGCCCGUCUACUCACCCUGACCAUGAAGAGACAAAACGUGAGGACCCUUGCGCUCAUCAUUUGCACGUUCAUCUACCUGUUAGUCGGUGCGGCUGUCUUCGAUGCCUUGGAAUCUAAGAAGGAGACGACCCAGAAGAAGAAAGUGUACGACAGAAAACAAGAGCUUAGGAACAAAUACAAUCUCACUAAACUCAACUUCGAUGAACUCGAGGAAGUGGUGUUGCAGCUGAAGCCUCAUAAAGCCGGGUUACAGUGGAAAUUCGCUGGAUCAUUUUACUUCGCAAUCACUGUGAUCACGACCAUAGGUUACGGCCAUGCUGCCCCCAGCACAGACGGGGGGAAGGUGUUCUGUAUGCUCUACGCCCUGCUGGGCAUCCCUCUCACCCUGGUCAUGUUCCAGAGCCUGGGCGAGCGCAUCAACACCUUGGUGCGCUAUCUGCUGCACCGCCUGAAGAACUGCCUUGGCAUGCGGCGCACCGAGGUCUCCAUGGUCAACAUGGUGGCAAUCGGCUUCAUCUCCUGCAUGAGCACGCUGUGCGUGGGUGCGCUCUCCUUCUCCCACUUUGAGGGUUGGAGCUUUUUCCACGCUUACUACUAUUGCUUCAUCACGCUCACCACCAUCGGCUUUGGAGACUACGUGGCGCUGCAGAAGGACCAGGCGCUGCAGACAAACCCCAAGUACGUGGCCUUCUGCUUCAUGUACAUCCUCACCGGCCUGACCGUGAUUGGCGCCUUCCUCAACCUGGUUGUGCUGCGCUUCAUGACUAUGAACGCGGAGGACGAGAAGCGGGAUGCCGAGCAGCGUGCCCUCCUCUCCCGGAAUGGCCAGGCAGGAGGGCACAACCACCCGGGCUGCGCCCCCGACCCGCCUUCCUCCUCCUCGGCCGCCUCAGGGUGCAGUGGGGGAGCUGGAGGAACGGGAGGACCAGGAGGGGGCGGAAACAGUGGUGUGGGGGCAGCGGGGCGGGGGCUGCGUAACGUGUACGCAGAGAUGCUCCACUUCCAGUCCAUGUGCUCCUGCCUGUGGUACAAGAGCAGGGAGAAGCUGCAGUACUCCAUCCCCAUGAUCAUCCCCAGGGACCUGUCCACCUCUGACACCUACAUGGAGCAGGGGGAGGCCUUUUCCUCCGACGCCCUCCACCCCCUUCACUCCAACGGCUGCGUCUACAGCAUGCACCACCCCCAUUCCGUCAUCAGUUCUGUGUCCACGGGUCUGCACAGCCUCACCCUGUACAGACUAGGACACAGCAAGCGGCGCAGCUCCAUCUAGAGGUCUGGAGGACUCAAUGCUUAAAAGAACCAAGCCACACCUCUUGUCUAUCGCAUGGAAGGACCCUAAUACUGUGGCACUAUUUUCAAUGGACUAAACCAAGAUCUAAAUCAGGGGCGCUCAACUUACAGUCCUCAUGGGAUCCCUGUCCUGGGGUGAUGUGUUUUUGCCUGGCACUUUUAAAUGAUCGAUUAAUGCCACUGACUUUCCAAAAACAAGAAUAGGCCUCGAAGACCGAAGUUUUGCACCCGUGAACUAUAUCCCUGCUAUAUUUUCAGCAUCCCUUCACCGUUUGCCGUAUUUAAGGUUGAAGUUAUUGCUCUUCGCCAUGUGCAGAUUGUUUGAACGAUAAGAUGACACGUUACACUGUGAGAGACAAAUAUUUUUAUGCGAAAUAGAGGGAUUAUGUAUUUUAAGAAACUGUGCAUCAUGAUAAGCCACAUGACUUAACAAAACCUGAUUUUAAGUUUAGUGAGUGACGUUUGUCUCUUUUUCACAAAGAAGAAAGGGACGUAUUGAAGUGUUACUCCCAAUAAUCAUCCAUUAAAUAAAUGUAAAUAUAUUUGUAAUAUGGAUACUGUAUUUAAGCAAUGUACUUACUAGGGAAGAACCAAUUUUAUUAGUGAAAGUAUUCUAAAAACUAAAUUGGCUCAAGCCAAACACUUUUGAUUUGCUUUAGUUUCUUACUGUAUUUAUCUCUCAAACCUCAAAACCAAUCAUACAAUGUGCUAAGUUUUGUCAUUGACUUUUUAAUGCUUUUUUCUUGUGUAUAAUUGUUUUACUUUGUUUGCUAUUCAUCUGUUUUAUGUUUUCAUAAUAGGGUUUUACUCAGAUCAUGUGGGCUCACUUUGUGCAUAGUAGACAGUCUAAUCUUGUUCACUGCUGCACUUUAUAACAUUAUUGUAUGCUUUAGGGCGCUGGAUACCAGUGCAUUACAUGGAAUUGAAGAUCCUAAUUUAUGCUAACUCACCUGAAGUUUUGGUACCUAAAUAAUAUAUUCCUAUUGAUGUCAUGCUCUUAAAUGUUGUCAGAGGGAGAUUUGAAAUUGGUUAGUUUGGCUCGUAGCCCAGCAGGCAAAAGUGGUUACAAUUACAGUGCCUUUAGAAUGUAUUCAUACCCCAUGACUUAUUCCACAUUUUGUUACGUUACAGCCUGAAUUCGGUAUAGAUUUUAAAAAACAAACAAAAAACAUGUAUCACCUAUCUACACACAAUACCCCAUAAUAACAACAUGAAAACAUGUAUCACCUAUCUACACACAAUACCCCAUAAUAACAACAUGAAAACAUGUAUCACCUAUCUACACACAAUACCCCAUAAUAACAACAUGAAAACAUGUAUCACCUAUCUACACACAAUACCCCAUAAUAACAACAUGAAAACAUGUAUCACCUAUCUACACACAAUACCCCAUAAUAACAACAUGAAAACAUGUUUUUAUACAUUUUUGCAAAUGUAUUGAAAGUGAAAUACAGGAAUAUCUCAUUUACAUAAGUAUUGAUACCCCUUUGCUAUGACACUCCAAAUUGAGCUCAGGUGCAUCCAAUUUUCUUUGGUCAUCCUUGAGAUGUCGCUACAACUUGAUUGGAGUCCACCUGUGGCCAACUGAAUUGUUUGGACAUUAUUUAGAAAGAAAUGCAGCCCCACAGUUGAAAAUGCAUGUCAGAGCGGAAACUAUACCAUGAAGUCCAAUGAAAUGUGCAUAGAUCUUUGAGAUAUAAUUGUGAUGAGGCAUAUGUCUGGGGAAGGGUAUAAAACCAUUUCUAGAGUGUUGAACGUUUUCAAGAGCACAGUGGUCUGCAUCAUUAGGAAAUUGAAAAAAUAUGGAACUACCCAGACUCUGCCUAGAGCUGUCCGUCAGACCAAACUGACCAACCAGUUAAGGGAGGGGAGGUAACCAAGAACCCAAUGACCACUCUGACAGGACUACAGAGUUCCUUGUCUGAGAUGGGAGAACCUGCCAGAAAAACAACAGACUCUACAAUACUUCAACAAUCUGGGAAUAAUGGGAGAGUGGCCAGACGGAAGCCACUUCUGAGAAAAAGACACGAUAGCACACCUGGAAUUUGCAAAAUAACAUGUGAAAUACUCUGAGAUCUCUUUGGCCUGAAUGCAAAGCACUGUCUGGAGAAAACCAGGCACUGCUCAUCACCCGUCUAACACCAUCCCUACCGUGAAGCAUGGUGGUGGCAGUAUCAUGCUAUGGGCAUGCUUUUCAGCUGGCAGGGACUGGGAGACUGGUAAGGAUAGAGAAAACAAUGAAUUGAGCCAAAUACAGGCAAAUCCUUGAUGAGAACCUGCUUCAGAAUGCAAACGACCUCAGACUGGAGCGAAGAUUUACAUUCCAACAGGACAAUGACCCCAAGCAUACAGCCAAAACAACACUGUAAUGGCUUCAGAACAAGAAUGUGAAAGUCCUUGAAUGGCCCAGCCAAAGCCCAGACUUGAAUCCCAUUGAAAAUCUGUGGAAAGAUUUGAAGAUUCCUUUUCACCGCCACUCACCAUCUACCUUAACAGAGCUUGAGAAAAUCUGCAAGGAUGGGAGAAAAUUGGAGAAAAUCCCCAAAUACAGAUGUGCAAAGCUGAUACAGACAUACCCAAGACAACUCAAAGCUGUAAUUGCUGCCAAAGGUGCUUCUACAAAGUAUUGCCACAGAGGUGUGAAUACUCAUGUAAAUUAUAUAUUUCUGUAUUUCAUUUUUAAUAAAAAAACAUUUAAAUCUAAAAACAUGUUUUCAUCUUUUCAUUAUGUAGAUUGCUGAGGAAAACAAUAAAUUCAUCAAUUUUGAAUUCAGGUUCUAACAUAACAAAAUGUGGAAUAAGUCAAGGGGUAUGAAUACUUUCUGAAGGCACUGUAUGUCAUUCAAAUAUAUUUAGUCUUUGUUUGGGUUGGUUGAAAAGAGAGCCUUUAUCCAGAAAAAUGUCUACAACUGGCUGUAAUCUGGUUAUUUUACUAUAUAACAACCAAAAUAUGACUUCUUGAUGACAUCAAGAAAAAAGGUGUCUUUAACUGCUUGUAAUCUGCUUAUUUGCUGACUCCUCAACUAGAAAACAUAUUUAUAACCAGAAAACAGCAUCUUCAUGACGUCAGAUUCAUGACGUCAGAAGGCACAUCUUCUUAGGGAUAGCCCCCUUUUUUUUCAAUUUUCACCUAAAAUGACAUACCAAAUCUAACUGCCUGUAGCUCAGGCCCUGAAGCAAGUAUAUGCAUAUUCUUGGUACCAUUUGAAAGGAAACACUUUGAAGUUUGUCUAAAUGUGAAUUGAAUGUAGGAGAAUAUAACACAAUAGAUCUGGUAGAAGAAAAUACAAAGAAAAAAACACAAAAAAAUUCUACCACCAUCUUUGAAAUGCAAGAGAAAGGUCCCACUGGUUGUAAUUCCGAUGGUGUCCACAAGAUGGCAGCAGUGUAUGUGCAAAGUUUCCGACGGAUAACUUGAAGUAUGAGCGAACUACAUGACAUUUAGUGUGAAGUCACCCAGGUACAUUUGGGCAAAUCGUGAAGGAGACAUUUGCAUUCAUAUAAAAAAAUUCUGCAAGAAUAUUGUCAAAUCUGUAUACUUGGACUUUGAUUUAGCUUUUCCAGUAUUAGUAGCCAUAUUAUAAGUUUAACAUUUGCAAAACAACCAGUUUUCAUAACUUCAUAACUCUGAAUAUUCUUAUAAUUUUUAUCCAAAAGGAAAAGGCAUGCUGUCGCACAAGGUUAAUAGAUACAUUUUAGGACAGAUACAUGGUUUCUGGGUACUCCCAUAAAGCCCAGCUCAUUGGCUAUCUAGCUGGCUUUUUUUGACCCCGAUUGGUGCUUAUUUGGCAAAUUUAGAGUCGUUCAAGUGAAGACCGCCCGCGUCAUCAGCGUGCCAUUAAGGUGUCGCUCUCUGACCAAAUAUGGUGUCCUAUAGGAUAAGGAUCCCUAAGGAUAUAGUGAAGUCUGGUUACGUUCUAGGAUCUCUGACAAAUACAUACGAACGUGAUUUGACUGGUUGAAACAAUGUUUAGGGUUAGAGUUUCACAGAUUCCUUUCUUUGCAAAUUGAAUGAGUGGAAAAACAAAAUUGAUCGUGCUUGCUAUAUGGACCUUUUUAGGAUAUGAAAAAGGAUUUUAUCUAACAAAACAACACUUCAUGUUAUCUCUGGGACCCUUUGGAUGAUAAAUCGCAGUAAUAGCUACUGCAAAUUGGACAGUGCAGUUAUAUUAACAAGAAUUUAAGCUUUCAGCCGAUAUAAGACACUUAUAUGUACCGACAUUUGUUGUUUCUAUAAAAUCUGCGAUCGUGACACAGGGCGCUGCAUGAUUUCUGGUGGUGAUAUCUGGAUCACAAGUAAGUGAUUUACUGAAUAGUCUUUAUGCUGAAGAGGUCAAACAAUGACACGUUGUUUAAAACAUCAUGAGAUGCUACUUAUAUUUUUGAAGGAUUUUAAAAGCAUUUCACUGAGGUUCAUAGAAACGUUUUUUGAUUGAAUCACUUCAGAUGGAUUUUAAGACUGUCCUAUUUCUUUAUGAGUUGGAUUUUUUAAAUCAUUCUACCACUGAUUCUUCUAAUUUUCUUAAUAAAGUUUAUUAAUUGGAAAUUGACCCAAAAAAAUUGUUGAU